AUGGCAGAUACACUAGAAAUCACAGAUUCACCAAUAUCACGCGAUGACCAGCCCCCCCAGAGCCAAGUCCAAGACUACAUCGACAGCACGUUAACAGCAGUCCUCGCAGAACUCGAUUCCCCAGACGGCAACCCAGCCAUAACCCUGAAACAAAGAUACAAAAAAGGCGCUUUUUUUAUCAAUUCCGACAAUGGUGCCCUUGAGACCAGCGAUAUAGAGACACAAGUAAGCUAUACUUGGCCUGGCAAGGACAGACAUGAAGCGUGGAAGUUUACGGUCGUUAUUCGAAUCCUCGAGGCUAUCGCACAGGCUAUCGAGAGUGGGUUGGUGGUUUCCAAGAGAGACAUUUAUUACAACGACCCCGCCUGCUUUGGCUCACAGAGAGUGGUUGAUAUGGUAGUCGAUGAUAUUGCCCAUACCAUUGGUGUGGAUCGAGCGGCAUUGAACGUGGAGGCAGCCGCGAAAGGACUAGUUGCAGGUUAUUAUCGUUUGACCACUUCAUCGGAAAAAUUUCUAGAUGCUCGGUUCGCGACGAAUGACGUGCUCAUACCAAGAGCUGAAGACAUCAAAGAGAUCGACAUGUCCGAUGUUAAAUGGGUCUUGAUACUGGAAAAGGAGGCCGUCUAUCGCAGACUCGCAAGGAGCGGCUAUCACGCGAGAGCUGCAGCAGGAAAAGGGAUACUCGUCACAGGUAAAGGAUAUCCAGAUCUCAGCACACGAGCUUUUGUCCGCCGCCUGCUCGAUAGCAGCUCCCGUGGUCCCGACACUCGCUUCUACGCCCUGGUUGACAGCGACCCCGACGGCAUGGCCAUAUUGUCAACCUACAAAUUCGGAUCCAGGGCACAUGCACGCGAGAACAACAAGCUCAACACCCCUGAGUUGCAACGACUUGGCCUCUGUACGUCCGACAUCGUAUCUGGGGCAGAUUCGUUGGGAGACGAUGCCUUCAUUUCCUUGACCCCGCGAGAUAGGAGGAAGGCUGUCGCCAUGUUGAAGAAUAGCCCGGUUUGGGCAGUUGACGGACCUGAGCCAGAAUGGCGUGCGGAGCUGCAGCAGAUGCUCAUGCUGAAUUUAAAGGCUGAGACAGAAAUCCUUUACCAGCGAGAGGGUGGAUUAGAAGGAUGGAUUGAUCGGAAGAUGGCAGCUUAUGUCCGGGAUAGAUAG